AUGGCGCAGCUCUUCCAAAAGGACCCGCGCAACGCCGGUCUCUUCAUCGGCGGCGAGCGUCUCUCGGGCGCAGAGAUUCGCAACCAGAACGUGCUUGCUGCCCAGUCCAUCGCCAACAUCGUCAAGUCGUCGCUCGGCCCCGUCGGCCUCGACAAGAUGCUCGUCGACGACAUUGGCGACGUCACCAUCUCCAACGACGGCGCCACCAUCCUCUCGCUCCUCGAGGUCGACCAGCCCGCAGGCCGCAUCCUCGUCGAGCUCGCACAGCAGCAGGACAAGGAGGUCGGCGACGGCACCACCUCGGUCGUCAUCAUCGCCGCCGAGCUCCUCCGUCGCGCCAACGAGCUCGUCAAGAACAAGAUCCACCCCACCACCAUCAUCACCGGCUACCGUCUCGCCUGCCGCGAGGCCUGCAAAUACCUCCAGGACCAGCUCUCCACCAAGGUCGACACGCUCGGCAAGGAGUCGCUCAUCAACGUCGCAAAGACCAGCAUGUCGAGCAAGAUCAUCGGCGCCGACGACGACUUUUUCGCUCAGAUCGCCGUCGACGCCAUGCUCGCCGUCAAGACCGUCAACCCGCGCGGAGAGACAAAGUACCCGGUCAAGGCGGUCAACGUGCUCAAGGCGCACGGCAAGUCGGCGCGCGAGUCGCUCUUCAUCAACGGCUACGCCCUCAACUGCACCGUCGCCUCGCAGGCCAUGAAGACGCGCGUCACCAACGCAAAGAUCGCGCUGCUCGACAUCAACCUCGUCAAGCAGCGCAUGCACCUCGGCGUCCACAUCACCAUCGACGACCCCGACCAGCUCGAAAAGAUCCGCGCGCGCGAGUCCGAGAUCGUGCUCGAGCGCGUGCGCAAGAUCCUCGCCUCGGGCGCCAACGUCAUCCUCACCACCAAGGGCAUCGACGACCUCUGCCUCAAGGAGUUUGUCGAGGCCGGCGCCAUGGCCGUUCGCCGCUGCCGCAAGGAGGACCUGCGCAGGAUCGCAAAGGCCACCGGCGGCCAGCUCGUCAGCAGUCUCAGCAACCUCGAGGGCGAGGAGACGUUCGAGGCGAGCAGCCUGGGUACCGCCGACGAGGUGGCGCAGGAGCGCAUCAGCGACGACGAGCUCAUCCUCGUGCGCGGCACCAAGACCGUCAGCUCGAGCUCGAUCGUGCUGCGCGGUGCCAACGACUAUCUGCUCGACGAGAUGGAGCGUGCGCUCCACGACAGCCUGUGCGUCAUCAAGCGCACGCUCGAGAGCGGCUCGGUCGUGCCCGGUGGCGGAGCGGUCGAGUCGGCACUCAGCAUCUACCUCGAGAAUUUUGCCACCACGCUCGGCAGUCGCGAGCAGCUUGCCAUUGCCGAAUUCGCCCAGGCGCUCCUCGUCAUCCCCAAGACGCUCGCUGUCAACGCCGCCAAGGACAGCACCGAUCUGGUCGCCAAGCUUCGCGCCUACCACAAUGCAGCGCAGAGCGCCAAUGCAGGCGACCCUAAAAAGGCGCUGCGCUUCUACGGACUCGAUCUGCUCAACGGCCAGGUGAGGGACAACCUCAAGGCGGGUGUGCUCGAGCCCACCGUGAGCAAGAUCCGCAGUCUCAAGUCGGCGCUCGAGGCGGCUACGAGCUUGCUCCGCAUCGACGAUGCCAUUACCAUUGCACCCGAACAGCCUCCCGAGGACCCGCACGCUCACAUGUAA